AUGGUCGAGUUUUCUAUUUCUGAAUCAUUCAUCGUCUCGCUGUUUGUCCAAAGCGUUGUCGAUGGCAUCCACAUCAUGGCUUUCGCAUUUAACGCAUGGACCCUGCUCGAUCGCCCCCUCGCAAGAUACCGACAACAUACCGACUGGCUGAUGGUGGUUACUGCAGCUUUCCUCUUCGCGAACGACCUGUAUAUGAAUAUUCAUGCCUUCAUCAUCAACGAAGGACCCGGCAGUGCCACGACGGAUCUCAGUAUUCUGUCCAACUGGACUCAUAUAAUUCGAGCAAUGCCCCUGCCCGAUUUGGACCCGUAUUGGCCACAGCGCAAGAACGAUGUCUACCUGUCAUGGUCUUCUACGAUCUGA